AUGUCUUCUACUAAUCAAGGAAGUGAUUCUGCUGAAAACACUCUCAAAAAUGCGGAAAAUGAAUGACCAAAUGCCUGUGAGGCAGGGAAACAACUUCUACUUGCUGGUGGCAGCAUAAUUUCUCAGGUGGAAACAAAUAUAUAAAGCUCACCAAGAUCCCAAAAAGAUACAUAUAACCAAGCCACAGAAAGUAGCCAAUCAGAAGCAGGGAAGACUCAAAACAAUCCACCAAAUGAAUUUAUAAAAGACCCAUUUCCACUACAGAUACUUAUUCCUAGAAAGCUAGCCUUUCCUAGGGUAGAGUAUUUAGAACUGAGAAUUCCACAACCAUAAAGUCAUGAAGAUGAGUCUGUGUCAGAUAAAAUAAUGUUUUAUCCUGGAAAAAUGGAGAUGGGAAUAAGUGAUUACUUUCACAUUUCUACACAUGACAAAAUGAUACAUACUCAUUUCUUGCAUUGACGAGUCCUGUUCAUUAAUAUUGCUGAGUUAAGUAGAACAAUUAUUCACUUAUUGUGCAGGAGAAAUUCCUCUCCCCCUGAACAAUGUCAACAUAAUACAUGGGUAAAGCAUAAAUAUAUAGCUGUUCUUGCUCACCAGAAUGUUUUUUAACAACACUGAAAGGAACAUGUGUUUGGAAGGCCUUUGGGAGUAUACUAUUACCAUCCACUUAUUGAAAGAAUAACUCAAAGAAAAACUAGUAAGUCCUAUAAAAACAAUGGAAACCACCCUUCUGUAAGCCCAAGGUUCUACAUACCAAAGUUCCAAACUCAGAAUAUUGUUCAUAAAAUACUUGUUAGAAAUAAGAGAACUCGUCACAAACUGAGACUAGUAAUCAUAACUAAUAAAAAUUGGAAAUAUCUGUGUCAUAUCUGUUGGUGUGGUUUCAACAACUUUCAAUAUUUUGAACAUCAUUCCUUCAAAUUUUCUGGAAAUUAA